CAUGACAUACACACAUAGGUAUUCUCAAUAUAUAGACAAACACACAUGAUGACAUGAUCAUCAACCAUAUUUCAGAAACUUGGUAAUGAUGCUGAAUCUGUCAAAGGAAGAGCUGCUUCUCCAAGCAUGGAACUAUUAUGAUAUUAUCAUCGUUGCAGUGUUUUCUAUAGGAAUAGCUUUGUUUGUCUCCAAAAGUUUGAGAAGAAGAGUAGUGAUAACAGAGAAAGGUGGCAUCCCUGGCCGGCUGGGGUUGCCUUUUCUGGGUGAAACCUUUUCUUUUCUUUCAUCUACUAACAGUACAAGAGGAUGCUAUGAUUUUGUUCGUCUCCGAAGACAGUGGUAUGGGAAAUGGUUCAAGACAAGGUUAUUUGGCAAGAUCCACGUGUUUGUCCCAACUACUGUGGGUGCAAAAACAAUAUUUGCUAAUGAUUUUGUGCAGUUCAACAAGGGGUAUGUGAAAUCAAUGGCGGAUGCGGUUGGAGAAAAGAGCUUGCUUUGUGUGCCGCAUGAGAGCCACAAGAGAAUUAGGCGUCUUCUGGCUGAUCCUUUCUCCAUGACUUCUUUGUCCAUGUUUGUCAAGAAAUUUGACAAAAUGCUGUGUGAAAGGCUGCAUAAUUUAGCUGCUCGGAAAAGCUUUGUGGUGCUUGACUUCAGUAUGAGGUUAACAUUUGAUGCAAUGUGUAACAUGCUGAUGAGCAUCACAGAGUUGUCUUUGCUACGAGAUAUUGAAAGAGACUGUACCUCUGUAUCCAAUGCCAUGUUGUCAUUUCCCUUCAUGAUUCCUGGCACCAGAUACUACAAAGGUAUCAAGGCACGUAAAAGGCUGAUGAAAACCUUUGGAGAGAUGAUUAUGAGACGAAGGAGUGGAAGGGAAUCUCAUGAAGACUUCCUGCAGUCCAUGUUACAGAGAGACUCAUACCCUCCUAAUGAAAAGCUCAGCGAUACAGAGAUUAUGGAUAACCUUUUGACAUUGAUAGUUGCAGGGCAGACCACUACUGCAGCAGCAAUGAUGUGGAGUGUCAAGUUUCUGGAUGAUAACAGAGAAGCCCAGGACAGGCUCAGGGAAGAACAAUUGUCAAUAUCAAGAAAUAAGCCUGAAGGAGCCUUACUCACUCUUGAAGAUCUGAACAGCAUGUCCUAUGGUUCAAAGGUUGUCAAAGAAACAUUAAGAAUGUCAAAUGUCUUGUUGUGGUUUCCUCGUAUUGCACUUAAUGACUGCACAAUAGAAGGUAUUGAGAUAAAGAAAGGAUGGCAUGCAAACAUUGACGCAACUUGUAUACACUAUGACCCGGAUUUGUUCAAGGACCCAAUGCAUUUCAAUCCUUCAAGAUUUGAUGAAAUGCAAAAGCCAUACAGUUAUAUACCUUUUGGAUCAGGACCAAGGACAUGCUUAGGAAUGAAUAUGGCAAAAGUGACAAUGUUGAUAUUUUUACACCGACUGACUAGUGGAUAUUCGUGGAAAGUUGAUGAUCCAGAUACUUGCCUAGAAAAGAAGGCACAUAUUCCUAGGCUUAGAAGUGGAUAUCCCAUAACUUUGGAACCCUUGAAAAGUGGGAAUUAGUAAGUAUGUAUGAAUUCAGUCUUCUUUAUAUCUUACGGUGUAAAAAGCAACCGGAAUGGUUGAAAGACUCGAAGGCCUGGCUCAGAAAUGUGUACAACCUUUUCUGGAUGAUGAAGUGUGUGAUUGUAAUGCUUCCCACUUAUGAGUUGAUCUGUUUCUCAGAUGAACUGCACAACAUGGGAAAACUGUGCAUGAGUGAUUCCAACUACAGAGGCAUUCUGAUUUUAACUCAACUUACUCAUGAGCCCCAUGAGUUUG